UUUCCUAGGAGCCGCGGGACGCGGUGCUCGGGCCUCUGCUGCCGGCCACGGGCCGACCUCCACCAUGUCCGUGCUGGACGCGCUCUGGGAGGACCGGGAUGUCCGCUUCGACGUGUCCUCGCAACAAAUGAAAACAAGACCUGGAGAAGUCCUUAUUGAUUGUUUAGACUCAAUUGAAGACACCAAAGGAAAUAAUGGUGAUAGAGGUAGACUCUUAGUAACAAAUUUAAGAAUUAUUUGGCACUCUUUGGCAUUACCCAGAGUCAAUCUUUCAAUUGGUUACAACUGCAUAAUGAAUAUUACCACAAGGACUGCUAACUCUGUAAGUCUGAAAAAUCUUAUUGUGAAGAAAUACAAGAAAUUACGAGGCCAAACUGAAGCUCUUUAUAUACUAACAAAAUGUAACAGUACUCGUUUUGAAUUUAUAUUUACAAAUUUGGUUCCUGGAAGUCCUAGACUUUUCACUUCUGUGAUUGCAGUACACAGAGCCUAUGAAACUUCUAAAAUGUAUCGUGAUUUUAAGUUGAGAAGUGCACUGAUACAAAAUAAGCAACUGAGAUUAUUACCUCAAGAACAUGUAUAUGAUAAAAUCAAUGGAGUAUGGAAUUUAUCCAGUGAUCAGGGAAAUUUAGGAACUUUUUUUAUUACCAAUGUAAGAAUUGUGUGGCAUGCAAAUAUGAAUGACAAUUUUAACGUCAGUAUACCUUAUCUGCAAAUUCGUUCAAUAAAAAUUAGAGAUUCGAAAUUUGGUUUAGCCCUUGUCAUAGAAAGCUCUCAACAGAGUGGAGGAUAUGUUCUUGGCUUUAAAAUAGAUCCUGUGGAAAAACUACGAGAAUCCGUUAAGGAGAUAAAUUCACUUCACAAAGUCUACUCUGCCAGUCCUAUAUUUGGAGUGGAUUAUGAGAUGGAAGAAAAGCCACAGUCCCUUGAAGCUCUGACAGUCGAACAGAUUCAAGAUGAUGUGGAAAUAGAUUCUGAUGAUCACACAGAUGCUUUUGUGGCUUAUUUUGCCGAUGGCAAUAAGGUUACUCACAGAAUGGAUUCCCAGCGGGAACUCGCAGAGGAACUGCGGCUUUACCAAUCCACCCUUCUUCAGGAUGGUCUAAAAGAUCUCCUGGAUGACAAAAAAUUCAUCGACUGCACCCUCAAAGCAGGUGACAAAAGUCUUCCUUGCCACAGAUUGAUUCUGUCAGCUUGUAGCCCUUACUUCCGGGAGUAUUUCUUAUCUGACAUCGAGGAGGAGAAGAAAAAGGAGGUCGUGCUGGAUAAUGUGGAUCCCGCGGUGCUCGACUUAAUUAUCAAGUACCUGUACUCGGCCAGUAUCGAUCUCAAUGACGGAAACGUGCAGGAUAUUUUUGCACUGGCCAGCCGCUUUCAGAUACCCUCGGUGUUCACCGUGUGUGUUUCCUAUCUUCAGAAAAGGCUCGCUCCUGGCAACUGUCUAGCCAUCCUAAGAUUAGGACUGCUUUUGGACUGCCCGCGACUCGCCAUUUCCGCCCGGGAAUUUGUGUCUGAUCGCUUUGUACAGAUUUGUAAGGAAGAGGACUUUAUGCAACUGUCUCCCCAGGAGCUGAUCUCGGUCAUUUCGAAUGACGGUCUAAACGUAGAAAAGGAAGAAGCCGUCUUUGAGGCAGUGAUGAAAUGGGUGCGAACAGACAAAGAAAACAGGGUGAAAAGUCUGAAUGAGGUAUUUGAUUGUAUCCGUUUUCGCCUUAUGACAGAAAAAUAUUUUAAAGAUCAUGUUGAGAAAGAUGAUAUCAUUAAAAGCAACCCAGAACUCCAGAAAAAAAUUAAAAUUCUCAAAGAUGCUUUUGCAGGCAAACUCCCAGAACCUAGCAAAAACGCAGAGAAGACUGGGGCUGGCGAGGUGAAUGGCGAUGUUGGCGACGAAGAUUUACUUCCUGGCUACCUGAAUGACAUUCCCAGGCACGGGAUGUUCGUCAAAGACCUUAUCCUUUUGGUGAACGACACGGCUGCGGUAGCUUAUGAUCCCACAGAAAACGAGUGCUACCUGACUGCCCUGGCUGAGCAGAUCCCCAGAAAUCAUUCCAGCAUCGUUACCCAACAGAAUCAGGUGUUUGUGGUGGGAGGGCUGUACGUGGACGAAGAAAACAAGGAUCAGCCCCUACAGUCAUACUUCUUCCAGCUUGAUAAUAUAGCCUCUGAGUGGGUUGGACUUCCACCUCUGCCUUCUGCCAGGUGUCUCUUUGGUCUGGGAGAGGUAGAUGACAAAAUCUAUGUAGUUGCAGGCAAAGACCUUCAGACAGAGGCCUCACUGGAUUCAGUCCUGUGCUACGAUCCUGCGGCUGCAAAAUGGAGUGAAGUAAAAAAACUUCCUAUCAAAGUCUAUGGCCAUAAUGUGAUUUCACAUAAAGGGAUGAUAUAUUGUCUAGGAGGAAAGACAGAUGACAAAAAGUGUACAAACAGGGUGUUUAUCUACAAUCCCAAAAAAGGAGACUGGAAGGACCUGGCUCCCAUGAAAACCCCACGCUCCAUGUUCGGGGUGGCGGUCCACAAGGGGAAAAUUGUAAUCGCAGGAGGAGUCACAGAGGACGGCCUUUCAGCUUCAGUGGAGGCCUUUGACCUCACCACCAACAAAUGGGAAGUGAUGACUGAAUUUCCCCAAGAAAGAAGCUCCAUCAGUCUGGUCAGCCUGGCUGGAUCCCUGUAUGCCAUUGGUGGUUUUGCUAUGAUUCAACUGGAGUCUAAAGAAUUUGCACCCACUGAAGUCAAUGACAUAUGGAAGUAUGAAGAUGAUAAAAAAGAAUGGGCUGGGAUGUUGAAGGAGAUACGUUAUGCUUCAGGAGCUAGUUGCCUAGCAACACGUUUAAAUCUCUUCAAACUGUCAAAACUAUAAAAAGGUGACAAAACCUAAUAAUUUGGGAUGUAGUUUCUUUGGUUAUCAGGCCUUUAAUUUAUUCUGUUUUUUUUUUUAAAGCAUGUACAGGGAUUCAUGUGGAAAUUAUUCGGUGUUAAUGCCUAAGCAGGGAGAAUCCGAACUUCAAGGUCACACUCUCCAGUGUGACGAUCAGAGCUUAAAUCCAUUUUUCUAAUAAGGAAUUAAAUUGACAGUUGAA